UGAAUAAAGUACAUGAAUUUGGGUUUGAGGUUGUCCUUUAAGACUCAAGUUGCAACACCAAAUACCCAUAAAAAUUCAGUGAGGGCUGAAACUAGGCUGAUUAUCACCUUUUGCUGUAAAGUUAUAACACACCAACGACAAUGUUCAAACACGCAUCCACUCUAAGGUGCUGUCAGCUUGUUACUGAAGCGAACAACUAAUGAAUAUUUGUUGGAUUUACUUGUGAGCAUAUUUGUGGAAUAUAUCAAAUAUUAGGUGUGUACACUACCUAUCGAAUUCAAGUGGAAUUUGUCAUCACAGCAAUUAACAGAUGUAUUAAAACAACGUAAUAAUACUUGUAAAAGAUUAACAUCUUCGACAGACCUGUUCGCACAAAAGCCAUUGUCUAAUGUUGGAAAUUAUUUAAACUUUGGUUCACACGCUAUACGAUAUCAUCAAUACAAAUGAAGGGCAAUAAUGGGAGGAGUUGUGUACAGACUUCCUGUCUGUGGCAGUUUGCCAGGGAGAAAUUUAAAAUCAUGAUGCUGCUCACGCCUGUUUCAAACAAACCAGUUUCGGUAGAACUGAUGCGCACAGCAUCAAGAUAUGUCCAUAAGAGACGAAAUAAACACAUUUUCAAAACAAAAGAUAGUUAUAAAUUAAAUUAUGUUGAAGUGGAAAUUGGCCCACCAAAGCAAGGGAGAGAUGAUGGCCAUCCAGUUAUUCGAAUACAGCAGACAUCCCAUAAUGUAAAUUACAGUACGAUUGUCUUUCCCCCUAAACAGCCGACUUCAAGUCUGAAAAGUAGUGAAAAAGAAUCCACCAACAAUAACCUCCCAGUACAUACAAAUCCAACUGUAACCAAACCAAGCCAAUCCAAGUUUCCAAAUGUUGUCAGCACCAACGGACCUCUAUCUCCUCCACCAGCUAAAAUUGCACUCAGUUCAUCUUCCUCUCCACCGACAUCGCCACUACCUUUGAAAAGUACUCCAACGAAGAAGUCGAUAUUGGCGGGAAUUCUUCCCAGUCUGCCUUCAAAAUUUGGCGGAGGGAAAUUUUUGAAGAAGAACCAAGCUAAAAAUGCAGCAGCUUCCAAUAAAGACACAAGCAAAAAUUCCAAAUCGUCUCCGAAGAAAACAGGAGCUGUGACAGGGGGUGUAACACAGGGAGUAUCAUUACCAAUUGAGAUAGCAUGCCGGAAAAAAAAUGAAGAAAACAGAGAGCCGAGCAGUGUUGAAAGAAAUGAAAGUCCACCUGGAAAUUCAAAGAAAAUUCUGCUCGCAAGCUCACCCGAGUUGAGCCCCCAACCUCGUUUACGAAAGAGACAAACGGUUGAGAGGAGAGCACGUGGCAGGAGGCAAGCUGUGGCUGAUACAGGUUCAUGUUCCUCGUCACCUAGUCCAGCACCAAGUCCCGAAAUGGUGAGGAAAGACUUAACAAAAGCAAGGCCUAAUACAUUGGAACUCAAUGAUGAAGAUGGUGGUACUGUUAGUGAGAAUUUACAAGUAUCGCCAGGAGGGUCACUGCCACGUCGUCGAGCUCUAUCAACACCAACACGAGGUCACCAGAUGCUCAUUAACGAAACUGAACUCGCAGACGCUAUCAAGUCGAGAAAAGAGAGGUACGAUUCAACUGGUGAAGAACUAACGCAUGACGACUAUUCUUCAAGUGAUGAUGAGCCUUUCAUGGAGAUUCCACAAUCUGUUCAAGCAGCACAGAAAGCGGAACGUGAACGAGCUUGCCAGUCCCUUCCGACAUCAGCUUCAAACGACACAAAAAAAAUAACGUAUGAAGUUGUGUCCUUAGGGGCACCGAUCACCAGUGGUAAAGGUUUAACAGAACUCGCACAGGCUAUGAAAUCUAUGCAGAACCGUGUAUGUCGAAAGUCAUCUGUUGAUGGAUACGAGGAGCUUGAGAGAGCACCUGGCACUGUGCCAAAUGACAGAACAACUGCAGAUGACAAGGAGCAGGAGGGUGGUGCGGCCAAAAAGAUUGAUCGUCACGAAAUUGAGAAAAUUAUGCAUAAAUCAAAACUUGUCAAACAGUUAUCGAUAUCGUCGGAAUCCUCUGCUGGCAGUAGGCUCAGCGAUAUCCAAUCAAUUCUCAAAGAUUAUGAUCCCAGUUUAAGGUCAAUGACCCCAGAUAUCGUGUGUGAAAAUGCAGUUAAAUUGAAGUUGUGUAGAGUGUCAUCAGGGAAUUUGAGGAAACAUGAUAUGUCAAAAUUGCAGGAUGGACAAAAAAGCCCUAAAAAUUGCACUCUAGAUUACAAAGGCCAAGAAGUAGAUAGUAAGGGACACAGGAAACCAAUUCCACUGCCAAGGAGUUAUUUGAACCGAGACAGUGGACACGAGAGCAGUACGGAUGAAAAAAGCGGCUCCUCCACCAACACAUCUCCUUCAUCGACACUUCAUAAGGCUCGCAGUCACAAUGUAACCCCAACUAUCAACAUCACAAUGGAAAAAUGUCACAUGAUGAGAGAGAAAAUCCAAAAUACGGAGGUAGUUUUCCAGCCCAUUAAUGGAAGUGACACAUAUAUGAAUGUGAUGAUGAAACCACGGCAACAAACACGUGAUCGGUAUUAUGAGAAUGUGGCAAUUGACCAGGUGUUGCAGAAUGUAUCACAGCGAUCCGAUUCCCCAAAUCCAUCUCCUAUUCCAAAACGAAGAGUGCGAAAUAUUUCCGGUGAAAGCUCCUCAUCAGAAAUGAGUUUGAGUCCGAACCAAACCAAGGCAAACUUGAGUCAACUCAUCAAACAAGAGUCAUCGUGUAGAUACAGCGGAGGCUCAGAUUGUGGUGUAAGAGGGCGUGGUGAUGGUCAAAGCUCUCGCCCUGUUCCUGCUCCACGCUAUCCAAAAGGACAUGAGAAUGAAACACACAAUGGUAAAACAUGGUACUUUGGCAAGAUGCCACGGCAAGAAUGUGAGAAUCUACUGUUAUCACUCGCUAAACCGUGCCAGUUCCUGGUCCGAGACAGCUCACACAGGGCUGGAGAUUUAAUGCUUUCUGUACUGUUUGGAAGGAAAGUGCAUCACUACCUCAUUCAGACAACGCAAGAUGAGAAAUUUUCCAUUGCGCAUCAUGAUUUCAACUCAGUCGCAGAAAUAAUUGACUUUUACACAACUCACGUUAUCAUGUACUCAUCAAAGAAUGAUCCUAUUUACCUCGGCGAACCAUUCGUCAAGCACCAAUAAGACAAAAAUCGUAUGUUGGUAGCUGAAAAACUGGUUGGCAUUUAAAAUUUGUCUUGGUGACUUUUAUUAUGUAAAGUAUGAUGAAAGGAAUAUAAAUAAAAGAGAUUAUUUUCAUGUUGCAUUGAAGUUUCAUUGCAUUUUGCUUAAACAUGAGUGCUAACUUAUUCCAAUAUUGGAUAUCAAGAAAGCCUAAAAAUGCUUGAUGUAUAUUUAUUGCAAAGGUUUAUG